AUGUUGAGGAACUUGAGAGUUGCAAAACGCUCCAUACACCUGUCAAGCAGAUUGGCAGAUGCAGUAGUGGUGUCAGGAACCAAACUUGCACAAUCAAUCAGGUCUCUGGUUGCUCAAAAGAUUGUUGAAUACAAUCAACAGAAGUUCCCACACCCCAACCAAGUUGCUGGUGCAGCAUCUACUUCAUCUGUUCCUGAACUUAAAUUCAAGCCAUCAUUAACUAUCAUUCAGGUAGGAUCAAGGCCCGAUUCUUCCGCUUAUGUCAGAUCAAAGUUGAAGGCUGCAGCUUCCUCAAACAUCACCUCAUCGCUCAUAAGUUUGGAUGAAAACGUUUCGCAGGACUUCUUAUUGGAAGAGAUUGACAGACUCAACAAAGAUCCAUCCGUCAAUGGUAUAUUGAUCCAGUUACCUUUACCAAGACACAUCAAUGAAACUUUGGUUACUAAUUCUGUUGCUACUGAAAAGGAUGUCGAUGGGUUCGACCGUUACAACGUUGGAGAAUUAUCCAAGAGAGGUGGUGAGCCACUCUUCAAGCCAUGCACUCCAAGUGGUGUUAUUGAAUUAAUCAAAACUACUGGUAUUGUCAUGAGAGGUAAGAAGGCUGUCGUUAUUGGUAGAUCUGAUAUUGUUGGUACUCCAGUUGCUGCUAUGUUGAGAAAUGAAGACUGUACAGUUACUGUCUGCCAUCGUUACACUUUUGACUUACCAUCUAUAUUGAAGCUGGCUGAUAUCGUUGUUGCUGCUGUCGGUAUCCCUGAAUACGUUAAACUGGAUUGGAUUAAGGAAGAUGCUGUUGUCAUCGACGUUGGUAUCAAUUACAAAGAAGAUGCCAGUGCUAAAAAUGGACGUAAGUUGGUUGGAGAUGUAGACUAUAAGUCAGUUGCUAAGAAAGCAUCCUUCAUUACCCCAGUUCCUGGUGGAGUUGGGCCAAUGACUGUAGCAAUGCUUUGCUCCAAUGUAUUUGACGCUGCAAUGAUACAACAGGCCAGAUCUCACCAACACAGCUUCAAGCCAUUACCAUUGGAUUUAAAGAGUCCUGUUCCAUCGGAUAUCGCUAUUUCACGAGCUCAAAAACCAAAAAAGAUUACUAAAGUUGCAGAAGAAUUAGGAUUAUUAGAGAACGAAUUAGAGCCUUAUGGUCAUUACAAAGCAAAGGUUGAUCCUAAGAAAGUCAUUGCUAGAUUAGAUGCAAACGUUGAAGGUUCAGUAACUGAUAGAGGUAACUAUAUUUUGGUUGCAGGAAUCACUCCAACUCCUUUGGGUGAAGGUAAAUCUACUACCACUGUUGGCUUAACCCAGGCCUUAGGUGCUCAUUUGGGAUACAAUGCCAUCGCUAAUGUUAGACAACCAUCUAUGGGACCAACUUUUGGAGUCAAGGGUGGAGCAGCUGGUGGUGGUUAUUCUCAAGUCAUCCCUAUGGAUGAAUUCAACAUGCAUCUCACCGGUGAUAUUCAUGCUAUCAGUGCAGCUCAGAACUUACUUUGUGCCGCUGUUGACACUAGAAUGUUCCAUGAACAUACAUCUAAGACCAUAUCUGGAUUCUACAAGAGAUUAGUCCCAUCUAAGAAGGGUAAGAGAACUUUCACUCCUUCAAUGAUAAAAAGAUUGCAAAAGAUUGGAAUCAACAAAUUGAAUCCUGAUGAAUUGACCGAAGAAGAAAUUGAGAAGUUUGCUCAUUUAAAUAUUGACCCUGAUUCGAUUACUAUUAAGAGAGUUGUUGAUUGCAACGAUAGAUUUGUUAGGGAAAUUACUAUUGGUGAAGGUAAGAAUGAAGCCGGAAAAUUCCCUCCAAGAAAAUCUGGUAUGGACAUCACUGUUGCCUGUGAAUUAAUGGCUAUCUUAGCAUUGUCCAAGAAUUUGACUGACAUGAGAGAAAGAGUUGGUAAUGUUGUAGUUGGUACUCAAAGGGAAACUGGCCUUGCCAUCACCGCAGAAGACAUUGGUGCAGCCGGUGCCAUUACUGCUUUGUUAAAGGAUGCCAUUAAACCUAACUUGAUGCAAACACUUGAAGGAACUCCUGUCUUCGUUCAUGCUGGUCCAUUUGCUAAUAUCUCCAUUGGUGCAUCUUCUGUAGUUGCUGACCAAUUAGCUCUUAGGUUAACUUCUCCUCUGAAUGCUAUCAAUAGCGGACAGAAGGGUUUCGUUGUCACCGAAGCUGGUUUUGAUUUCACUAUGGGAGGUGAAAGAUUUUUCAACAUCAAAUGCAGAGCCUCUGGUUACAAGCCAGACACUGUUGUACUUGUUGCUACUUCGAGAGCCUUAAAAUUACAUGGUGGGGCUCCAGAUGUCAAGCCAGGCCAGUCUUUACCAGAAGCAUAUGUUACUGAAAAUUUGGGCUUCUUGGAAGCUGGCUGUGCUAAUUUAGCUAAACAAAUCUCCAACAUUAAACAAUAUAACGUUCCUGUUGUUGUUGCCAUCAACCAAUUUGAAACCGAUACACCAGCUGAAAUUGCAUUAAUUCAAAAGAAGGCUAUUGAAGCAGGUGCCAACUUUGCUGUCCCUUCCAACCAUUGGUCUGAAGGUGGAUUUGGAGCUAUGAAAUUAGCCGAAGCUGUUGUUGACGCUGUCACAUUGCAAACUGAAUCUGAAAGACAACAAAAGUUCUUGUAUGAUGUCAAUCAAACUGUUGAAGAAAAGCUCUUCACUAUUGCAUCAAAGAUGUAUGGUGCACUGGCUAUUGAAUUGUCUCCUUUAGCAAAGCAACAGAUUGAAACUUAUACAAGACAAGGCUAUGACAAAUUACCAAUCUGUAUAGCAAAGACCCAAUACUCCCUCUCCCAUGAUCCAGCAUUGAAAGGUGUUCCAACAGGAUUUACAGUCCCAAUCAGAGAAGUCAGAUGUUCAGCAGGAGCUGGUUAUCUAUAUGCAUUAGCUGCUGAAAUUAUGACUAUCCCAGGUUUACCUACUCACGCUGGGUUCAUGAAUGUCGAAGUUAAUGAAGAUGGAGAGAUAGAAGGUUUAUUCUAA